AUGGAUUUCACAGAACCAGAGACUGUUCUGAAUUUGAAGAACAUUAGAGAUGAAUUAGUGAGAAUGGAAGAUUCAAUUAUCUUCAAAUUCAUUGAGAGAUCGCAUUAUGCAACGUGUCCUUCAGUCUACAAAGAAAACCAUCCAGGUUUAGAAAUGCCAAAUUUCAAAGGAUCCUUUCUUGAUUGGGCUCUUUCAAAUCUUGAAAUUGCUCAUUCUCGAAUAAGAAGAUUCGAAUCACCCGACGAGACUCCAUUCUUUCCUGAUAAGAUUCAAAAAUCAUUUUUACCAAGCGUCAACUACCCACAAAUUUUAGCACCUUACGCUUCAGAGGUCAAUUAUAACAAUAAGAUCAAAAGGGUUUAUAUUGAAAAAAUCAUUCCAUUAAUCUCGAAAAAGGAUGGUGAUGAUAAGAAUAACUUCGGUUCUGUUGCCACUAGAGAUAUCGAAUGCUUGCAAAGUUUGAGCAGAAGAAUUCAUUUUGGCAAAUUUGUUGCCGAAGCCAAAUUCCAAUCGGAUAUUCCUUUAUAUACUAAACUGAUCGAAGAUAAGGAUGUUGAAGGCAUAAUGAAAAAUAUCACCAAUUCAGCUGUUGAAGAAAGAAUUUUGGAAAGGCUAACCAAAAAGGCUGAAGUCUAUGGUGUAGACCCCACUAACAAAUCAGGUGAAAAAAGAAUUACACCCGAAUAUUUAGUCAAGAUUUAUAAGGAGAUCGUUAUUCCUAUCACAAAAGAGGUAGAGGUGGAAUACUUGAUGAGAAGGUUGGAAAAGUAG